CGGCAGUCGGUCACUAGGAACGUGUGGGGCAGCGUGCGUGCGCGUGCGUGGAUGGGCGGGCAUGGUGGUAGUGCGCUGUGUUGGGGUUCGUAGAAUGUUUGAAAAGGAUCUUGAAGGAAGAUCUAGAAGGGGUCCUUGUGGAUCCUUACCGGUGGUGCUCUGGAAGCUUGAAACGUGUCUGUGAUUUCCCUUUAUGUGAUGACCCUCGUCCCCAUUGCUGUAUAUACCUUUUUGCUCCCAGUGUCCCCUUUUUUUCUCCGUGUUCGAUUAUUAGAAGUUGACGGAGCUCGGCAAGAAAGUGCAAAGUAUCCUUCGGUGGCAUAGAAUUAAGAAGGAUUAAAGGGCGUCUAAGCCCCAUGUGGUGGUCGUAGUAGUGACGAAAGUCGUUCCGUCUGACGCAUCCUGGUGGUAGUUGACGAGCGUCUUGUGACCCUCUUACCCUGAGCAAGAACCGUGCCUCCCUCACCACGUGGUCCAGGGAGAAGGCGGGCACGGGCAGGGGUGGAGAGGCAGGGCAAGGAGAGGCUAGUGCCUGUUUAUCAUCAACUUCGCCGUCUGGUGGCGGGCCAAGAAGACCCUCGUGUAAGCGUGGGCGUUGAGGGUAGACAGAGAGUAGACCCUGUGUAGGCGCGGAGAUACCCAAAGUAACACACUUGAUGUCACAUCAAAUGCAAUCGUCGCCAUCCCUUCUGUAUAAUACUGGCCAUAUCCAAUCUCAACACUGACAUCGACGACAUCGACGUCAUCAUCGUCAUUUUCACAUCAUCACCUUUUUUUUACCAUAGCAUCGAGUCAUCAAUUCACCCAGCUGCAUCCCGUUAACAUCGCCCUCAGUCGUCGCCCUGGGCUGUGUGAAAUAUAGGAAAUGGACUUAUGAAGAGUGCAUUUAGGACACUUACGGCGCCAGGAAGAGAUGAAAUACCUGUUCAGUCAGCGUCAUUAAGAGCUGAACACCUGUUUCAUUUUUACUAUCAAACAUCUGUUGGGAGAAAGAGCAGGUGUCGACGCGCAAGGACAGGAUGGUCUCGACGCUGCAUAUCACACUCAGUUACAACAUGCCACCCGCGCAUGCUAUAGGUCGGAGCGCAUCGUGCGAGGAUGCGAAUAGGAUAGGCCUCGUAGCUUCCGCUGGGGGAUUCCCGGCCAAGACAACAUCCUUCUCGUCCUCCAACGUCGCGGAAGCCAAGCGGUUCCUCGGGGGCUCGAAGCCUAUCUCUUCCUCCAGAAUCUCGAGUGCAACCACAGGUCCAGGGGGAUAUCAUUUAAGAAAUUCGUCCCUCUCGACCUCUAACGUGCCGAGUGUCACGGCGGCGGAAGGAUUCGGUACAAAGACGACCUCGUUCUCCUCGUCCAACCUCCCCUCCGUAACGGUCCCUGGAGGCAUAGGCAACAGGGCAACAUCCUUAUCUUCCUCGGACAUUCCGGUUUGCACAGUUGGGAAUCGACCUCUCUCAUGUAGCAGCAAUUUCCUGCUCGCACCCACGCCGUACACGCCUUCAAGCGGCGCCCUGAGGUCGCCUUCCUGGUCGCCCGUCAGAUUUAACCCCUCCAAGCCAUCGGCCGCCCAAGGCACGAGCGGUCCCGCGCCAUCUGCCAAGCCUGGGAUCGCGACUUCGAACGAGACGAAAUGCCAGAGUCGGACUCCAAGUCACGUGAAGACGCCAGCUCCAGCCCAGUCUGCGGCGUCAUCGACGACCUCGGCCAAAGCCAGGGGUCAGAGCCAGCCCACGACCUCGGCCAAAGCCAGGGGUCAGAGCCAGGCCACAACCUCGGCCAAAGCCAGGGGUCAAAGCCAGCCCACGACCUCGGCCAAAGCCAGGGGUCAGAGCCAGCCCACGACCUCAGCAAAGACGUUGGCCAAGACGAGAGGUCAAAACCAGGCUGCUGCUCAAGCUAAUUCGGCUGAAGCUCCCGAAGUUCCGCCAUGGGUUAAAGUGCAAAAGAACCAGGUCACACUUCCAUCAACAACGUGGGUGAAGUCAAGGCCUCAGAGUCAGGCAACACCUGCAGCCAGCGAGGCCGCAACUCAAGGUGCGAAGCAUGUCCCGGCACAGGUGCCGACCGCCGCGACCGCCCAGCCGACCAUGCAGGCCUUGAACUGGGCCUCGACGAGAGGCAAAAGCAAGGCCAAGACCCCGACGUCGCCACAGAGACCGGCUGAGGCAGCGAAACCCGAAGCGACUCAAGCACCAAGUGAGGCUAAGGCAGAAGGUCAAAACCAGACUAUUAGUGAGGAAACAAACAGCAACGACCCGGCGCCAAGAAGGAGUCGUCCGCAGGUGAAGACGAUUGUGAAGCGGGGGCUGGCGCGGAAUGACGCCCCACCCAACACCCCAGAGUCCUCCGGCGCCAGCGCUACCGCACCGGUGACCCCAACCACCGCGGGCGCUCCUCCUCUGCGACGCACAACCUCAUCCUCCAGAUCACCCCUGAGAUCCCCAUCGAGGACGCCUGGCACCUCCCCGUCCUCCGGUAGCGUGCCAGACUGGGCCUUCAACUCGAGUCCAUCUUCUUCGUCCGUGUCGCCUUGGAGGGUGGAGCCCAAGCGACUCAGGCCUUCGUCCUUUUCGCGCAUUGAGGAUAGCGUGCACAGUGGACGAGGAAGUAAGGGCGUGGUGGGUGGGGGUGUGAUGGAGGAUGGCACAUCCCACGCCCACGUAGCCGCCCGCGUCGUCUCUGCCUCCUCCGCCGCCCACCGCAAGGCCCAGUCUCUCCCGGGGCAUUACAGCCGCCCUCAGCACCUCCAACACACACCGCCACCGCAGUCCUUCAGGGAUGCUUUCACCACCAGCAAGAGUCCCACGCCCCCUGCUGUCUCUCCAGGCACUGGCCGUCAUAAUGCCACCCAAGGUCUGGUACCUGCCGCUCCUCCCAGGGGGCCGACCAGUCCCAGGACACCAAGAGUCGUUUCCACUUCUUCCGUUGGCAGUCAACAGUACCAACAUCAGCAGCAGCAGCGACAGCAUCUUCAGCAGCGAUUGCUUCAACAAGAACAAAGUAUGCAACAAGCACAACAACAAAAGCUGCAGCAACAGCAACAGCAAAGGAUGGAACAGCAGCAUCUGCAGCAGAGGUUGGAACAACAGCACUUACAGCAGAAAAUGCAAGGUCAGCAUGAGCAGCGGCAGAAGGAAAGCGAACCAGCAGAGAGGCAGGCUCCCACGCAAGAGAAAAAGAGCAAGCGGUCACUGCUGAGUGGCAUCUUCCGGCGGCGCAAGAAGGGCAUGGCAGAUUCCAGCUCAUCCAGUAGUAGUAGCAGUAGCGAGAGUGAGGAACCACAGAAGCGGCACUUCUUGAGGAGGAAGAGUAAGAAAAAGGAGCCGAAGGAGAAGGAGCCUCUUCCCCCUCCCCCACCACCACCCCCUGCACUAGAAGACUACAGUCCCGUGGCUCGCGGUGCAGGUGGUGUGCGUGUCAUGCCGCUGGAUGGUAAUGGGGGCUGUGAGAACAGCUUUAUGUCUACAGAUGGGCGAAGGAUGGUUCGAGUGACGCCUGCUAGUGUGAUCGGCACCAGUAGAGGCUUGGACAUACAGCCUUUGGGAAUCCCCAUUACGCUAGCUCAGCAAGGGCGUCGUGGUGUCUCAGCCUCUCAUGACUCACUGCCUGUAAGCCUAGGCUCAUGGGCUGGAGGUGGUUCACAUGCCUCAUUAGGCUACUGUUCAGGGGGAGGAAUGGGUGCUCGCAGCUCUAGCACAGACACCAUAAGCAAGAAGGAGCGGAGGGAGGCACUGAAGGCGAGGGUGGAGAGACUGCGGGAUAAAAUCAAGGACACAAGUUCUGAUGAGGAGAAGGCUUCUGUAUCAUCACACUCCAUGUAUGGCAGCGAGUCAAGCCUCUCUAAGUCCAAUUCCCUUAGCAAGAGGUCCAGGGCUGCUCGCACAGAGCGCUUUCUCAGGAGAAAAUCACAGGAGCUGGAGACAUUGCGAACAGAAACAGAGAAGGAUCGGAGAAACCGCGAGGUUGUCCAGGCAAGAAUUCAGGAAAUCCAGCGGGUGAGAGAAUACGAAGCUGAACGUAACAGAAUCAAUGAAGAGAAAAAGAAGGAGGCAGAAAAGGCACACAAACCAAGGUGGUCUGCCAAACUUGUAUAUCAAGAGUCAAGUGAAUAUGAGUCAUCUGUUGUUCUGCGGACACCGUCAGUGAGUCCUGCAGCUAGUCCACACAUGAAAGCAAAGUUCCAAGGUCACAUUCCACGUCAGCCAUCGGAGACCAGGGAAGCUGUUGUCAUGAGAAAUAAACCUCAAUCCGUAGGAGUCUCACUAGUUCCACCAUCUGGACCUCACUUGAGAAGAAGUUUCCAAGAUUAUGAGACUCCUAUGCAAGGUGACCUACGUAGCCACAGAAGUGCUUCCUACGACAGUAAUAUCAAUAGAGGCUCUUUCAUUAUGCAGUCUCCAGGAAUGUCUCCAGUUUCUAGCAAUAUUCCAAGCAACAGAUCUGGCCUGACUCCUCCUGUCCCUCCACCACGAGACCCAAGUAGAAUAAUGUCUCCUACAGAUGGGCGUCCAAUGUCCUUCUCAUUUGAAAGCCUCAACCAAGAUCCUAACCGUCCAAACUCCAGUCAGUCAAGUUUAAGUAACUUCACCAAAGGUUCGAGUCCCAGUCCAAGUGUCCGCUCAGUUCCAGCCUACCUCGGCCCAAAGCCUAAUGGUCCACAAGUGGGUCCACCGCCAUUGGUGACAGCACCUACACGUCGCUCUUUCUCAGAGCUUCAGCUGUCUCCACAGCAGCAGACUCAGCUCAAGUACAAUACUGGUGGUGCUCCUGCACGUCCCUCACCUCCAGGUUACCCAAACACUCAGUAUAGGUAUACUGACCAACCUCCACGGCCCAUUGCACAGAACCAAUAUUACCGUGCACAACAACAGCAGCAGUAUGCACAGCCAUUACAACAGCUGCAGCAGCAUACCCAGUCACAACCACAAGUGGUCCAGAGUCAACAAAAUAACCAAUUAAAAUACUAUACUGAUCAGUCACCUCAGUAUGCCAAGAUUGUGCCCAUUAGUAGUGUUCCUCCUUCACCUUCUUCAGAUUAUUCAUCAUAUAUGAGUGAUAACAGUGCAAGGCUCCAGCAGGUUAAUACAGUGUGGCGUCAGAAAGAGCAAGAGAUCAAGAACAAAAGGAAUUUACCAUCUCAAGUACUGAGUGAUUCUUCUCGCUCAAACAGUCCAAAAGGUAUCGAUGGGAACAACUCUAACAACAGCAUAUCACUUGGGGUAGACCAACAAGCUGAGGAGACCUAUGGCAGCAUUUUGCCCAAGAAGCCCAGGCCUCCACCAAUUACUCUAAAGCAAGCAGAGUCUCUCAGCUCACUCUCUGGCCAGAGUGAUGUGUCAAGUCCUGUACCCAAGGGACCAGACUCAGACUCCAGUCAAAGCAGCCUUGCACGGGAAAAGAAGGCAGUGGCUCAGAACAGGCCUCUUUCUAUGGUUCUUGAGAAGUCGGAGUCUGCUGAGAAGGAUUCUCCUCCUGUCACCCCUAAGACGCAACCUCAGCCUCCACGUCGAGGUCAUCGCCAACUUGCUGCUUCAGACUUGUCAAUAACUAAGCAACAAAUACUGCACAACAUCAUUAAACACAAGCGUGAACACCCUCAGGACAAACCCAAAUACCAGAAAGAGUUUGAGGAGAUGUACAGAAAGGAGAAGGAGAGGCUUGAAAAAAGCAAGUGCUCUAACUUUGAAGAAGCUUUGAAGGAAUUAGAAGAGAUCUAUGAUAGCCUCAAGCUGGAUAGUGAUGACAUAUUAGAUCGUGCAGAAAGGAGGGACCUACCAACUGUCCAUCAGCAGUUGAGGAGCAAUAAGGAUGGACAAGAUACUUUGAAUGACUCGACCAGUGAAGCUACUGAGACUGACUCCACUGUAAAGGGCAGGAGUAGCAGGCCACGAACACCCAGGAUGAGAAGAGCAGGAGUGCCAGAUAAACAUUCUGAUGACAUGCACUUCAGACGGUGCCAACAGAGCGGUCGGAACCAGCCAGAUGUACAGAAAGCCUUGCAGAUGACUGGAAGUUAUCUGCUGGUCUCCCCAGCCCAUACCACACCCUCUGAUGUGGACAAAAAUGUUCCUAAAGAUCCAAUGCUGGAGGGUGAACCAGACAUAGUUUAUGAUGAUGUAUCUUAUCGAAACAUCAAACAAGCAAAUGCUAUCAAAAUUAUUGAUCCACAGCCACCCUUUGGGAUACCUUUGGGACCCACCACACAGUCAUCUCCAAGUGACUACUUGCAUGUGAGCAGAAAAGAUAACUAUAGGCCCAAAAUGAUUGCUAGGAAACAGCCAGAUACAACCAUGGAUGACCUAGCUUUCAGGAACCUGCGAAAAGAACAAAGGGACAGAGAGCUUAAUACUUCAGAGCUGGAUGAACUUCUUUCAGAAGCCAACACAGAUUCCCCAGUACACAGACGACGUGCAAUUAGAUCCAUGUCAGCUGACCGUGCCCGUGCUAUGCAAAAUGAGCAUAAUCUGCACCAUGGACGUGAGGUUGUAGGUGCUAGUGCUGCAAAAGACAGAGGUGGUAAAUUGCAAACACCUCGGAGAGUAAAGCAUCAGCAAGAGGCACGUCGUGCAGGGAGGUUCUUCGAAAGCUACAAAGAUGCUAUUGGUGAUAGUGAAUCAGGUCUUACAUCUCCAAGACACAAUCCCAGCUGGCUAGAGCGUGCAAACCUGACAGACAACAAGUGGGAUAACCUUAGUACAAGUAACCUCAGCAACCUUAGUACCAGCACUGAGACACUCACAGAAAUGUCAUCAGCAAGGGCAGUGUCUCAGCCAGACAUUCGACAGGCCAUUAUUCGUGAAGCUAGAGUUCCACCAGGUGGUCCCCCAUCAUGGAUAGAGGCCAAGAGGAAAUGUGCAGAGGCUUCUUUCACCUCCGAUACACCCACAAUCACAACCAUCACUGCUCCAAAACUGGUCAAGAUCCAGACCAUUCAGAGUUCUCCUGUCUCACCUGUUGUUGUAGAGCGGAAACCCUACAGGCCCCUGGAUAGCAUCUUCAACAGCAAGCCCAAACCAUUCUACUUGGCUGAUCCCAAGCCCACAGAACUGCAGCAGAAGCAAGAUCCUGUGGAUAUUGCACAUUUGGAUGCACUCAUCUCCACACUUUCCAAGAUUGAGACCAACGAAGAGACUACAACCCCGUCUACGCCACCAUCUACUUCACCAUUGACUGAGAAAAAUGUUGAUAAUGAUAAGCCAGAUGUAGUUUGUGACCCAGACGUAUUUGCUAAGCCAGACACCAUCAGUAAGCCAGACAUUAGUACCCCCUUGAAAAUUAGUGAAGAACCAGUAUAUGAGAAUGUGUUCGAGCCCCAACAGAGUGUUAACGAAUCCACUGAGCCUGUAGAAAAGAUCUGUGCCAAAGCCAACAUUGAGAAGGCCAUACGUUUGUCCAUGGCCCUGGAAUCGAGUAACAGUGAAGGGGAGCGGGACGAUGAGGUGCAGUUGACGAAGCGACAUCACGCUGAUAAUGGAGGCUCACUUGUGACGGAGACGAGAAAGAGCGACCAAGGGAAACAGAAAGAGAGGCGAAAGAGCGAAGGAGAGAAACACAAGGAGAGGGAAAAGAGGAGAGACGGAGAGAGAGCGAAAGGUUCGAGUCACGGCAGCGAUAAACUGAAGGAGAGGGAGAAGAAGGACAAGAAACUCGAGUAUGAAAGGCUAAGGAUCGGAGAGAGAGAGAAGAGAAGGAGCGAGAGGGAGAAGGAGAAGAGGAAAUCGCUCGAGCGGGAGAGGAAAGCGCCGAAUGAGGAGGAGAAGAGGGAGAGGAAGAAGAGCGGCGAAGAGAGAGAGCGGAGGAAGAGCACAGAUCGCGAGAAGCGGAGGAGCGAGGAAAAGGAGAGGAGAAGGAGUGAGGAGAGAGAGAGAAGGAGGAGUGAAGAACGGGUGAAAAGGAAAAGCCCGGAGAAAGCGAAGAGAGAGGGAGAGAGGAGGGAGAGAAGCCUCGAUAAAGAAUAUGCGAGGCUGUCGCUCUCCCCCGAAAAGAGAUUAAGCAGCAGCAGCGGAAGCGGCAGAAUGGUCCAGCAGAGCGGCACCAGCGGCGGCGGCGGCGGCGGCGCGGGAUCGCGCGGCGAGCAGGACGACCCCGAGCGCGCGGAGCUGGAGAGGAGGGAGAGGAUCCAGAGAUACAAGGAUGAAAGAGGAAGCAGAUCGCGGCGAGGUAUGGCACGGCGGAGUGGUCGUCCUCGGAGGAGAGCGGCACGGGCGAGGAGUCGUCCUACCGCGCCUACAGGAGGAGACGGCGGGGGGGUCGUGACAAUAAUGACUCCUCCACCAACGACCUGUCUUCUCAGGACGCCAAGAGGCCGCACGAGAACGGGUCUUCCCUGGAGGGUCGUGGCGGCGGAGGUCGUCGCGGCGUGCUGGGCUCUUCGUCGGAGGACGUCGUCGCCGCCGGCGCCUCCGUCAGGACGACGCGCGCCUCGCGGCUCCGCCAGGCCGCGCUCACGUCGCCCACCGCCAACAACAACUCAAACAGCAAUAAUAACAACAACAGUAGCGGCAACAACAACAACAGCUUUAACAGCAACAACAACAACAAUGCCAACCCCGUGCAAGACCUGAAAGACACAGAGGGCGUGGGAGAACGCGGGCGUGGAGAGGCGCCCCCGGACUUGCCGCCCCCGAAGCGUCCACCAGACCAGGGCGAUGCGCGCGCGGGCGUGAGCGUGGGCGGCGACUCCGCGGACUCGACCCUGAGCGGAAGCGACGGGCGGAGUGGGCGGGCGAGGCGUGCGGGCGGCGAGGAGAGAGACAAAUCGCACAAACGCAAGUCCAAUCUCAACCGCUCGACCACUGAGGAGGCGACGGCGGACCCCUUCCCGCUCACGCACCCCAGCGACUCCAAUGAGGACACCCCCAGACGGAGGCGGCGCCGAACGCCCCUGUCGCCGGUGGGCGGAGGUCUGCCCUCGGUGGCGGCCGCCGAGCCCCUCAAGACGCCCGAGGUGGUGCGACAUGUGGUGUCGCGCCUCACGCCCC